AUGACACAACGAAAUAGAAACGGUCGGCGAAAAAGCGAUCCUGCGCUUCCAUUUCGCCCUACUCAAGAAAAAUUAACAGUAGCUGCGGAUCUUCCAUGGGGUCUUCCAAAAGUAGUCCCGGUUGUGGCAUUGGACUACAACCUUCCUACUGGCUCAUUCGCAGGACAAUCGGUUCUUUUGGAUUUAUUCAGUCUCUUCGAGAGGAAGUUACAAUCUGUGAUUGAGGAGGAGCCAAUUGAGAAGUUGCUGAAUAAGUCUCUCCAACGUGGUGGCGAUCCGUACUUCGAUAAUUUGUGCCAUACUUUACACGGAAUAAGUGAGCUAUGUCUUCCAUCAGUUGUGAGCGCUUUGAUAGGCUGGCAUCACUUUGAUUCUACAUUAUCUUAUAGCCUAUCUCAUUAUCAUUUCAGAAACGAUAACCGUGUGAAACUAGUGAAAAAGCUGCUAGCAGUCAAUUACUUGUUUUGCAUAGUGCUCAUAGAGAUCCUUCCUCAGGUGGAGUUUCAUCUAACAGCAUGUGAACAGCAAGUUAAAUACCUUCUCGACAGCUCUUUUCAACAAGUACAGUAUAAAGAUCCUGCUCUGUUGGGAGUCAAUAAUACGAACAGUCUUGUUGUUGCUGAGACCUAUGCAGAAGUGAUCGGAGUUUUAUCAGAAACUCAUUUUACUCAGAUACAUAGACAAUUCAUGAGUGUACUAUCUGAAUUGAGAAAAGACACUUCAACAGCUGUUACACACAAUUUGAUCUCUCUUCUUAUGGCAAUGAAAUUCACGAACCAAGUGGAUGAUUUUGAAAUGGGAAUUAAGUUUCUGGAUGAUCUCGGAUCAUUUCUUCUAGAGGUCAAAGAUAAGGUUGGUUCCAAAAGCUGCACGCCGUCGCUGGGCUUCUCGUUGAAAUCCUGCUACCUAUUGCUUGAGGUUCUGUUGGGAUUUACUAAUUUUCUUCGACUGUUUCAGCAAAUCAAACGUGAAACAAAUAUACCUGCUCUAAUCGCUUUUGUCGGUAAAUUAUAUGGACCAACAAGUGAAUUGGCCUCGAAGAAGCAACACAAAUUGGCAGCAUACCCGUUGUUGACAUGCUUGCUCUGCGUAAGUCAGCGCCAAUUCUUUUUGACGAACUGGGUUCCUUUUCUGAACAAUACGCUUGCAAAUUUGAAAAAUAGGGAUUCUCGUAUAUCGCGAGUGGCCCUGGAAUCACUAUACAGAUUAUUAUGGGUUUACAUGAUUCGCAACAACUGUGAUGGUAAUUCGGCGACUCGAUCGAGGUUAGAAUCGAUAUGUGGGAGCCUGUUCCCGAAAGGCAAUCGCGGAAUUGUUCCAAGAGAUGCACCCUUAAAUAUCUUUGUCAAAAUUAUACAUUUCAUAGCCCAACAGAAGUUGGACUUUGCUUUUAAAGACGUGAUAUUCGACCUACUGGGAUGUAAUCGUUCGCAGAGAUCUCUCUACCCUGAAAGGAUGAAUAUAGGAAUUCGUGCUUUAAUGGUUAUUGCAGAUGGUCUCCAGCAAAAAGACGAGCCUCCUGCAAUGCCCAAAUCAAUGGGUCCAUCAGCAAGUGGCACAAUGCAGCGGUUGAAAAAGAAAACCUAUAUCACUCGCCCUUUGACAGUUGACAUUGCUAAGUCAAUUGGUCUUGAUCAGUACUACACCCCUUGCCGCAAAGCUUUCGAUUCGAUUCUUCGCGUUUUGGAUACGCAGGUUGGUCGCCCAUUGAUGAUGACUGCUAUACAGAGAGGCAAAGAACCGGAAGAGUUGCUAGGAGGAGAUGUUAAGCCAAAGUUGGACUUGUUCCGCACUUGCGUUGCUGCCAUUCCCCGAUUGCUACCCGAACCAAUGACCUAUACUGAGCUCAUAGAUAUUUUGACAAGAACAACAGUUCACGUUGAUGAGGAACUCAGAACGAUGGCUGGAAACACUCUUCAGAAUAUGCUUGGAGAAUUUCCAGAGUGGAGAGAGCAAAUAAUAAUUUCUGAAAUAACUUUGUUGCAUAAUCAAUUAACGGUGAUUUUUUGCAUCAAAAUCCUUUUCAAUCAUUGCCUUGAACAUGGUCAUUCACUUGUGGUAAAUUACAGGACUUCUAUCCCGCUGUUCUUGACGAUGCGCUUCGCCUCCUACAUCAAAUGGUUGUCACUUGGAAGUAACUCCCAUCCAUAUAGCUCGACAUCAACACGUAUACGGUGUUGUUUCGGAGGAAUCUGCCAUUUCCUAGAAGGAAACCUUUUUGUGUGUAGUAAUUUUUUUCAUUUAAUCUCUAUGUGUCGAAGAGAAUUAGCGUUCUUGAAGGACCCGAGUAUGUUUGACAAUGCUCAUGCGGUACCUCCUCUGUACUUUCUCAACUAUGCGUCAGUUCUGCAUGCUGUGGAGGGAAUGGCGUUGGUGAUGCUAUGUCAGAUCAGACCUCAACCGAAGAAAAUUGCUAUCUCGAUUCUGAAAGAAGUGAAACAGAUAAUAACUAUCUUGGCUCUUGAUAAUGCUGACACACCUGUUAUAACGAUUCUUGAUGAAGCUACGCCAUAUGUUGUUCGUAAAUAUAUCGAGCACAUUCCUUUAUAUGAAAGGACUAGUUGGAAUCUCGACUUCUCUUCAGUCUGUGACAAAGUUGCCGCCAUUGACUCUGAUGUGUGCUUAGUGAACAGCGACAAGGGUAAUGAGUAUCUCCAGUGGGAUCCAUGGGCAUGUGCGUUGAGCGGAUAUGCCGAACGAAAACAUCUGAUCUCAAGAUGCCCCACUGCCGUUGCCAGUGCUUGGCCCACGCUUUUCAGUAGAUUAAUGGCAGUGAAUGCGUAUGUGGACCCAAGCAAUCCGCAGAAUGAAAAUCGAGCUUCUUUACUCCGCGGGAGCAAGAGUAAAGGAUCGUCGGUAUGUGGUGAGGCCUUGAGUCAGGAUGGAUGCCUUUCGUUAUGGCAGAAGUACUUAGUGCUAUGCUGUGCAUUUUCGCCAUCACCCCAUAACCACAAUAGCUUGAUAUCGAGAAGCUUCAGUCCUACAUCAAUGGAAACGGACGUGUUGAGAAGCGUAUCAUCAUCAUUGCGGUCUGCCUCACGUAUUUCCUCUACAGCCACGCUUGCUCAGUUGUUCACUAAGACUGCAGCGAUGCUGAGAUGGGAAAAUAUGAUCGAUAUUCGCGAUAGCGUAGUUCUUGGAAUUGGAUCUCUGAAUGCGGUGGCCUUCGAGACCUUUCUUGAGGAUCUCAAUCAACGGGGUAUAUUGAGAGAUGCGAUGGAGAAGAAGAUGGAAACAAAUGUGCGGCGUCGCAAACGAAAAGAUCUUCUAAGGCUUCAGAUUAUUCGCAUUAUCGAGAUUGCUAUAUUUCGCGGACUUCUUGAUUCAACAUUGAUAGAUAUGAAUGGCAGCUUGAGCCCUUUGAUCUUGGACUUCAUCGACGCAAUGAGGGCCAAUCUCGAGAGCGAUUUGGAUCGUGACAUUGCAGUGGUGACAAUGAUGCGCCUCCAUUUUUCGAAGCUCAUUGUGGUUCUCAUAGAUAAUGUCAGUCCUGAGAAUAGAGGAAACCUCAUUCCUGACGAAAAGAAGCAAAGCCUAUUUUAUCUUUUCAUUGGGUGGUGCAGUCGUACAAUUGCUGCUGACAAGAAGUGCCGUGAAAAUGAUGUUGGAUCAUAUGUGGAACAGAAAGCAGCUUUAGCAAUGACCCGUCUGCUAAGUUGCGGACGAAUAUUUGAAACACAAAAAUCUAUCGGUGAAGAUGGCUACCUUUAUGGUUGGCUGGAAAAACUUGUUUCAAGCGCGAACACAACGAUGCAAGGAGAAGUUGAGGAAAUGUUGGCGUGGAUGUUGGAGUUGAACGAAUCAAGUCAUUUGCUAGAUUGGCUGAUGUCCCAGUGCUAUUCGCAACCGAGUAUAGUGGCGGCCAGAUGCUUCCGGGCUCUUGUCCGUGUUUUCUCGAGGAGGGAUUUUCCAUGCGAAUUCAUUUCGUUGUUCGUUCUUUGUCAAGCUAUGCUCGGCGAUCCUGCUGUAACCGAUGCUGCUGUGCAUAUGAUCGAAAUCCUCAAGAGACAGUUCCUCGACAAUAGCCUGGCGACACCAUCACAAGGAGUCUCAGCUAACAAUAACAUCACAGUAACGCCACCAGUCCAGCUAAGACCUGCAAUUGUUCCCGACACUCAAAGUCACUGCCUACCGAUGGAUCAACAGGCUGUGUGCCAGAAUCUCGCAAACUCUUAUCCACACUUAACCAUCACCAUAUUCAGCGAAGUUUCAAGUCGUUUGGAAGGAGCUCGCAGUCAGAACAGAACCUACUUAAUAUCUUUAUUGCAUGCAUGGGUAGAAAAUAUUGAGCUUGUUGAUCCUAUGGCUGGUGAAGACGCAUGUGAGGGUCCUCGCGGGUGGGGAUCAGAGGAGGCAACACAACUGCUUCUCAAUAAUCUCAUGUACCUAACAAUAUGUUUGGCUCCUGAUCAUGAGCUUGAGUUGGCCGAGCUUUGGCGCGCCAAACGAGUAAGUGUCAUAUUAGCUGGAGUGGUUGGAAAUCGCAUUGCUGCUCUACUACUGGAGCAGUUGUCAACAUCUGUGGAUAGUAAUCGACAUACCCUUGAAAGAUCCGAUAUUCCUCCCUAUUAUCGCUGGAAAGAUGACGCUGAGACAAAAAAGGUCGGGUUCGCUUCUGAAGAUGCUAGCAAAGAAGGCGUUCGGCUCCUUCCGAUGCCUGCUUACGGAGGAUAUUACUCGAGGCUUUGCACAUAUCUCCCACCUACUACUCAGCCUGUCCAGUUUUUCACCAGAAGCCAGGUAUCAUUGCUUUUGAUAUGCGAUAUAAUACGAGCAUCAUCCGACGUGGAUUGGACGGAAGCCACUCCGCGACUGCUUCAUGCAGCUGUGCUCUCCCUUGAUUCUCUCCGUCCUGCACUAUGUCGACAUGCCAGACAGACGAUCAUCAACAUCUCUCUUCUGUAUGCAGACCAAGCCACCUUGGCCCAUGUGUCUGGAAUGCUACUGAAGCAUCAGUUGGGUCGCUCUGGGUCGGAUGAUUACGAACUCAAAACUCCUGCAAUGUCGUUCUGCGAUGUAGUCGCUGCGCGUGGUGCAUCACCUACAUUCGCUAAAGUAGCUGCUGAAGAGUAUCGGAGCAUGCUUCUCAAUAGCAAUACGUUGUUCUCUUCUCAAAGUGACCUGAUAAUGGCUCUCGUUUUCUGCCUCAGUGAAAACAUCGACAGUCCUUUGUGGGCUAACGAAGAUGCGACGCCUCGCUGCUGGAAGGUACCCAGUGCUGCUCAACUCACUUGUUUGGUUCGUCAUCUCGCUGAGCUGGUUCUUCCGUCUAUCCCGCUCCUACCGGUGGUGUGGACUCAGUUAGCAAUGCGCAUGGCACUUACUACUAGCCAGCGUCAUGCAGCAGGAAGAUGUUUUCAGAUAGUUUCGUCGUUAUGUCAGCCACCAGGUGCAUGGAUUCCUUCAUUAAUCAGCAGACUGGUGGAGACUGCAGGUGAAACUCAUGAAGACACACAAGCCUAUGUGACUGAUCUUCUUUUGUGCCUUCUCAGCAGUGCACCACACCUGAAUCCGAUUCUUGAACCGCCUCUACUCCCAUCGGCGUCACCAACUCAUGCCCGAUCUACCUCAUAUACACCAGCUCUUUUGCGGCAAUCCGUCAUUAACCAGCGGUUGCAUCAGGAAAGAAAAGAUGUGCGCUUAUCGUUGCUCUUGUCUGAAGAAGAGUCCAGGUUGGGAGCUGCAUUGAUGAGAAGCAAGAGCGCAGAUCAGCUGAAAAGUGAUGCGGAAGGAGAUGAGGAAGCUACAGCUCGAAUGCAAAUUUGUGCUAUCGCUGUCGCAUUACUGGAGAGUGGAGUAGAUAAUGAGUUCCUGCUGUCAGUCAAUCUGUUGGAUAAGAUCCUUGAUACGUCGGGACCACAUAAAACACGAUGUCUGCAAAAGUUGGAGAAAACGAUUACACAACUGGAUUGGAAAGGGUUCAAUAGCAUUGUCGGUCUUCUUUCGAGAGGAACAAUCGUCAACUCGGCUUACGAACCUUCGAUUCAGGCGCUGAUACGAAUCAUCGACGUACUCGAUGAGCCAGUUGUAGGUGGUCGGGACUCUUUAGGUCUUGUGGUCUGUCAUGUACUUCCUUACCUAUUGUUCAAUUUCGACGCACCGAACCACUUGUGUUUGUCUGUAUGCGCUUACUGCGGUGAGGCAGUGAAGAAUGCUGAUGGUUUGCAAGCAGAUCAUCCAUUGAAUAAUCUGGCUACAAUGUUAUCACAGUACAGCACGAAAACGUUCCUGAAGGAUCGCUAUCAGUGGGCAAAGUGUGUGUUACAGUAUCUAUGCGAAGCGAUCGAUUUGACUGUUGUACAGCAAAUGAUCGUAUUACUAGCCGAGAUGCUGGAGAAAGGAACGGCAUCGAUGCAUGUGUACGUACUGCACAUGCUAUAUCUUUUGCUGUUAAGAAGAGAUGCGGUCACAUCGCCGUUGGUAAUAAAUGCACAGGUUGGUUCAGAAGUUUCUAAAAGAUCCCGGGCUUGCAUGAAGUCUUCAUCCAAGCUUAUUCAUCUAACUCAGGUACGCGUUCGUGAUCGCCUUGUUGGGCUACUAUCAGCGUCAGGACUUCGAGUGGGCUUACCAUCGGCUGUUUCUGUUGUCUUUUCUCAAAGUGAACUUGGAAGCACUGCUACUUCUACGGAAAGAAUCUGCACAUCGUCACAGGAAGUCGCCUCAACGGCAUCUUUGCCUGAUCCCUGUGCUAGUAUCACUGACUCUUUCCCACGAGUGUUCAAGGAGUUCGACUUUUUGGAAGCCGAGCAUGACAGCGUAUCGGAAACAACUGAUAGUUGUUUCGGAUGGUUAUCGACGAUGCGGCCAAGAUCGAUCGGAGGCGAUGAUCCUGUCCACGACGAUGACGCCGAUGCCGAUGAGGACGAGGUUGACUGCUGCAAGGUUGGAAGAUUCCUUUCAAACAGUUUUUCAUGUUAUUGUUUUGUGUUUAGAACUGGUGAUAGGUUGAAUGGAGUCGACGAAGAGUCCAUCGAUAGCUCGUCUUUCUGCUGUCGCUCACGAACGUCGGUCGGGGAGUUCUAUUCCACCAAAACAACUCCAACUACUCCUGUGUAUAUCCAAUGUCCGCAUCACCUUGAUGGAAAGGUUUGCUUGAGCGCUCGCACCUUCUACCAUAGCAGGCCUAUGUUCUCAAUUGAUUUCCAGUCAUGCUGUGGUCGAGUAUCGUCCUUACUGCGAGACGCCAUGCACAUCUUCUCAUCUCGCCCUUUGGCGAGGACCUUUGCCCAUGCGCAAGACGUGCUCAGCGAGGUGGCAGACUGCCCAUUCCUCUUCGUUACUGCUCAAUACCUGCGAUGUUCUGGAAUUCUCCCUCGAUUGAAGCUGUCAUUAUUUGAACUUCGUGAACAUUGGGAAACAUUCAAUGAAAGGAAAGAACAGAAUAUUCGGGUAAGUUUAAUGCGCUACCAUACCAUAGUUUCAUCAAAGCAAACUCUUUCGGUAUUGCAGGAGAUGGAACUGGGCAAACUGCUCAGCAAGUUGUUCUUCCAACUGAUGCUGAUGAGCGAUUCGCUGAACGAUAUGGUACGAUUGGUGAACGAGUCGCACGGUGCCCAAGCACACACGCUUUCUCCAGCAAUCUUGGAUCAUCAACGAGAACUGUUGCUAUGCAUGGCCGAUCUGCCCCCUCACGAUUUACAGCCGUCGCUCCGGCCAGAGCAUUCCGGUGACUCUCUGGUACUGCUCAUGACGAACAAGCGUUAUGGACAGGCGUUACUUGCCCUGAGACAACUAAGGACAGCGUUCGGAGCAGAAUUUGGAUGUUGUGAAGCGUCGGACAUCGACGUGCUGCUCUUGAUGUUCUGCAGGAGUCACUCGUUGAAGGCAUGGGCUCUUGUCGGUGCCGUACCGGACGCCCUCCGUCGACAGAGCCAAAGUCUUCGGGAUGCGAACGCGGACGUCGCAUCAGCAGUACGUAGACUUGCAGCGGAUCCUGCGAUGUCCCAUCGCACCUCAACGGCAUCCUCGCUGACUGAAUCGUUCCAGAAGAUUUCCUAUUUGCCGGAUUGA